CUUGACACUUUAGAUGUCUAAAUCGAUCACACAAAUUCGCCCACUGCCUCUUGACCGAGCUCACAGCUACAACAACUCACACCUCUUGUUUCGUGCUGCCAGUUCACACAACGAUAUCGCUUACAAACAUGGUCAUGACCCCAGACCCCGAAAAGGCGGAGCAAGAAGCUGGAGGCCCGGUUCAAUCGCGUCGCGAGAGCGCGGAAGAGUACAAGCCGCCUGCUCUCCCUCUCCAACAAGCACUUUCCAUGACCAGUGACAAUGCAAGCGAACCAAAGCCAGCUGAUGGAGCAUCCAGCCUCAUAUCCCACGAGUCAGAAAUCGUUUACAACUCUAAACAAUUCAUCACUCGGAACGACAGGCGCCAGGAGCUUGGACUUGCACAGGUGGACAUCAAGGCCAGGCUCGAUGAAGUGAGCAGCGGUCUGCGCGAGCUCAAAGCGAAGCUCAAAGCAAAGGAAGACCUUAUCAGAGCGCGCCGAAAGCUUUCACAGUGCGCCGCCGCUGCAGAGAAAGAGUUAAAUGUCAAGAUCCAGAAAGCAAAAGAGAUGUUGAGCGCCAGGGAGGAGCAAGCCGCGUUGCGCCAUGUCAAAAAGAACGACAUGCGCGAGAAAGGGGCCCAGAAGCAGAGGACGGACUUCGAGCAGCGAGAAGGGGAACGUAGGGAGCGAACAGGGCAAGAAGCAGAGAUAAAUAAUGGUGAGAAGCCGGCAAGCGCAGGAGCUGUGGUGGAGUCUAUCGACUGGGACAACUUCGACAUCGACAUCUAUGAUGAUUAG